AUCUCAAGUUUCUCAACUACAAAUCAACCAACUUCCUUUCAGUACCCUAAAUCUCCUUCUUCUUCUUCUUCUUCCUCCCUCCCAAAAUUAAUCUUCAAGUAUUCAUCAAUGGCGGGUAGGCAAAGCAUGGUUCUUUUUCUUCUUGCUCUUCUUUAUCUUGGAACGUUUGGUUUAAUUUCUGCGGCAGUUUUUACGUUACAAAAUAGUUGCAGUUAUACAGUCUGGCCGGGAACUCUUUCCGGUAACGGAGCCGCCGUUCUCGGAGGCGGCGGAUUUGCAUUAUCCCCCGGCGCGUCCAUCAAAGUCCCCGCCCCAGGCGGUUGGUCUGGGCGUUUCUGGGCACGUACGGGAUGUAACUUCGACGACUCCGGCCAUGGUACUUGCUCGUCCGGCGACUGCGGCGGACUAAAGUGCACCGGCGGCGGCGUACCGCCGGUGACGCUAGUAGAAUUCACCCUCGGAAAGGACAAAACUGAGAAGGACUUCUACGACGUCAGCCUCGUGGACGGAUACAAUGUGGGAGUCGGCGUCCGUCCCUCGGGAGGUUCCGGUGACUGCCAGUACGCCGGGUGCGUGGCGGACUUGAACUCAAACUGUCCGCUGGAGUUGCAAGUGAAGGAUUCGGGAUCGGUCAUCGCGUGCAAGAGCGCGUGCUCGGCGUUUCAAACGCCGGAAUACUGUUGCACCGGCGCCCACGCCACGCCGGACACGUGUACUCCGACGUCCUACUCUAAGCUCUUCAAGAACGCUUGCCCUUCGGCCUAUAGUUACGCGUACGACGACGCUUCGAGCACGUGCACUUGUGCCGGUUCAGAUUACACAAUCACCUUCUGCCCCCAUAACUGAAGGAAGGAACAUUAGUCAUCAUCAAAAUGCAUUGACAUUGUCGUAGGAAGGGUUUCUUGAUUAGAUUCAUUUUGCUGCUGUAGUAGUUUAUUAAAGUUUAAGUAUUGAUAGAAAUUCCAUGGUUGAUAUGAUGAAUAAUAAUGAUACAUUGUUGAAAUUAUACGUCAUUUGGUGAUUAUUUGGAUGUUAUUGGUGAGAAGAAUUAUACUAAUAGAUUGAUGCGCACAUGAUUUGUUGAAAGAUGGACAAGAAAGUUAGUAAAAGUGGCGUUCUCACUCUCUCUGAUCUGAUCAGGUGGUCUCUUUUGUCAAAUGGUUUGGUGACUGGUCGUCUGUAUAUAUAUAUAUAUAUAUAUAUAUAUAUAUAUAUUCCCUCUUCAUGCAUGCUUACGGUCAAGAAAUCUUCUAAUUAAACAUGCCCAUGAAAUUUGUUUUCUCCAUCUAGAUUGUAGUCCGAAAAUGCUGAUAAAUAUACGAGUUGGGCUUCUUUUGGCUUUCUUUCCCUCCUAGUUAGUAAUGUUUCCCACACCGAUGGUUGAUUUUGACAGGACCAGUUACAUUCUUUUAGGAAUAGGGCAAGC